GAGAGAACAAGCAUUUCUUCAUUUCUUUAGAAGGCCACUCCUGUUUUGAUUUGUCUCGUGAACUCACUCGUGACACCUCUUUUCUUUCACCAUCAUGUCUUUCACUGGCAAAUACGAGCUGGAGAGUCAAGAAAACUACGAAGAAUUCCUCAAAGCAAUCGGACUUCUCGGUGCAAAGACUGACAGCAAAGUCCACACAGAAGUUCUUCAGAAUGGGAAUGACUUCACAUGGACUCAAACCACCCCCAACUGGACUUGGUCUAACAAGUUCACCAUUGGUCAGGAAUGUGAGCUACAGACGAUGACAAAGUCCAAAUUCAAGGCCCUUGUCAGUAUGGAAGGUGGGAAGAUUUUGGUAAAUUUUCCACAAUACCUCUUCACAGCUGAGAUGGUGAACGAUAAGUUGGUCAUGAAUUGCAUCACCCCGGGAGAGAAGGGUGUGACUUUCACAAGAGUGAGUAAGAGGACAUCCGACUGCAAGACCCAGCACGCUUGAAUGGACGGUGCACAAAUGUAGUUUGACAUUUCAGUACAACACAAGACUGUAACACCAGCAUUUGUUUCAAUUAAAAAUACUUCACUCCUUUUGACUUUC